AUGUGGAUUGGUAAAAGCUACAUAGAGGAAGGUGACAACGAUUCGGAGGUGACAAGCAGUACUGGAAGAGUGAAAGCACAGGCUCUCCCAAAGGGUCCUAACUCUUUCAAUACUUCUUUUUCGCAGUUGUCUUGCCAUGAUGACGAGAGGUUGGCGUUGUUGCAGUUCAAGCAAAGCUUUGUCAUUGAAAAAUUAGCUUCUUCUUAUGAGGGUGCUUAUCCUAAGGUCUUGUCGUGGAAAGCUCAAGGAGGAAGCAGCAACUGCUGCUCUUGGGAUGGCGUCGAGUGUGACGAGAAAACGGGCCAUGUGAUUGGCCUUAUUCUCAACAGCAGUUGUCUCUAUGGCUCUAUCAAUUCCAGUAGCAGCCUCUUCCAUCUUGUCCAUCUCCAAAAGUUGAAUCUUGCUGAUAAUAACUUCAGUUACUCUCUCAUUCCUUCUGCCAUUGGGCAGUUUUUGGGUUUGACAUAUCUAAACCUCUCAGAUUCAUGGUUCUAUGGCCAAAUUCCAUCAGAAAUUUCACAUCUUUCCAAAUUGACUUUCCUCGACCUAUCUUCACAUUUUAAUGAGAUUGAUCCUUCAAAUCCAUUGUUGGAACUUAAAAAUCCCAGUUUGAGGAGCCUGGUUCAAAAUUUAACAAGCUUAGAGUGGCUUCGUCUCUCAUCUGUUCACAUACCAUCCACAGUUCACGAUUUCCUAGCAAAUUUCACUUCUUUGAAAGCCAUUAUUCUGCAAAAUUGUGGAUUGUAUGGUGAGUUUCCUAACAACAUUUUUCAUCUGCCAAACCUAAAAAUUCUUGCACUAGGGUGGAAUAAGGACCUCACUGGUUAUUUGCCCGAAUUCCACCAACGGAGUCCUCUUGAGGGUUUGGUGCUUUCAGAGACUAGUUUCUCGGGAUGUAUACCGCCUUCAAUUGAAAAGCUUGAAUCAUUAGAAGGGCUAUAUCUUCGGGGAUGCAAUUUUUCAAGGCCGUUACCAUCUUCACUUGGUAAGCUUUCCAAACUUAUUGAUCUAGACUUACGCGCGAACCACUUGGGUGGUCCAAUUCCAUCUUGGCUGGGAAACCUUUCCCAACUUGUUCGUCUGUAUCUUGACAACAACAAUCUAGAUGGUUAUAUUCCAUCUUUUCAGAAUCUUAGUCAACUCGGUCUUUUAAGCCUACGUGAUAAUCACCUAACCGGACCAAUCCCAUCUUCAUUUGGAAACCUCACCCAACUUUUUGCCGUUUAUCUUGAAGGUCUGGGUUUGGGAUCUUGCAACUUAAGUGAGUUCCCAAAUUUCCUCAGGCAUCAAAAUAAAUUGGAGUUGUUGGAUCUUUCUAGGAACAAAAUUCACGGUCAUAUUCCAAAAUGGAUGUGGAAUACAAGUUUGGAAACUUUGACUUUCCUCCUCCUUGAUCACAACUUCCUAGUAGACUUUCCCCACCCAUCACCAAUAUUUCUUCCAUGGGUCAAUCUAUUGGCUUUGGACCUUAGUUUUAAUUUGUUGCAAGGACAGUUGCCUAUUGCUCCAACAUCCGUUCAAUAUUAUUCCAUCUCAAACAAUUGGCUAACUGGAAAAAUCUUCUCAUGGAUGUGCGAUUUGAGCUCCGUUUGGCUACUCGAUUUGUCUUCAAACAAUUUGAGUGGCACGGUUCCACAAUGUCUAGGAAAGCUUAGUUCCCUGUCAGUGUUGAAUUUGGAAAACAACUCUUUUGGUGGUACCAUUCCUCAAGUAUGCGCGUUGCCAAGUAAUUUGAAGAUUGAUCUCAGCAAGAAUAAAUUCAAGGGGCAAUUAGCAAGGUCGAUGGCCGCUUGUACGAAGCUUGAGUAUUUUGAUGUGGAAAAAAAUCAACUUACUGAUAUCUUUCCUGCUUGGUUGGGAACUCUUCCUGAAUUAAAAGUUUUAAGUCUGCGACAUAAUAGAUUCUAUGGUUUUAUCAAGAAACCCAAACAAAAACUUUUGUUCCCCAAGUUGCGCGUUAUGGAUCUCUCUUACAAUUAUUUCACUGGUAAAUUGCCUUUUCACUACGUGCUUAUUUGGAGUGGAAUGAAAGUUAUCAACAAUACAGAUUCGAGAUAUAUGAAGGAAACAAAAAUUUCUCAGCCGACGAGAACUUAUGCAUCGCAACCUUUUGAUUAUCGCUAUUCUACUACAAUUGUCAACAAAGGUCAGGAAAGAUAUUAUGAGGUGAUUUCAGAAAACUUUGCAGAGAUUGACUUCUCUUGCAACAAAUUCAAUGGAGAGAUUCCACAACUCAUUGGAAACCUCAUAGCUCUUCGUUCGCUGAAUUUGUCCUUUAACAAUCUUACCGGUAGUAUUCCAUCAUCCUUGGGGAAUUUAAAGGAGCUUGAAUCACUAGAUCUUUCUAAUAAUAAGCUCUCAGGAGAGAUCCCCCCGCAGCUAACGAGACUCACAUUCAUUCAAAGUUUUGAUGUAUCCCGCAACAAUCUCAGAGGCCCCAUACCACAAGCGAACCAAUUUGGUAAUAUGGAUAAUACCUCGUUUGAAGCGGGUUUGUCGUUGGAGUUGCUCUUGGCGACAUGGUGA